CGGGAAUCGCACAAUGUGUAGUGUUAGUCUGUCCGUCCAGUUGAUGUCUGUGAUUCGCGACGAAAAGCGAGAGUUUUCCUUCCCGCCCAGUGAAUUUGAGAGUGAUUUUCCGCAACGAAAAUGAAGUGUCUUCUGCUCGUCGUUGGCCUGGUGGGGUUGGCCGUUUCCGUUAGCGCAAACUUUUGCUUCGUCUGCUCCACCCAAACCGACCCCAGCUGCUUGAUCCCCGAGGGUGCCCAGCUGAUGCGGGACUGCAAUGUGAUCGCCAACAACAACACCUGCUACACUCGAAUUGUUGAUCGUCACGUGGUCCGCGGAUGUUCGUCAUCGCUGAGCCGCGAAGACUUUGUAAACUGCAACAGCGAAACCGAGUGCGAGCUGUGCCAUGACGUGGCGAAUCAGGGCCGGUGCAACGGAGCGGUAUUUCCGGAGCACAGACUUCACUGCCACCAGUGCAGCGGUUCGAUCAACUCGACCUGCGGCCAGGAGAUUGUGACCGCGGCCCAGCUGUGCCGGUUCUACGACGCGGACGAUCAGUGCUUUGUGAGCGUCGUCGGUGACCUGGUCGAGCGCGGCUGCCUCUCGGAGAGUGACUUUUGCCGGGUGGGCCAAACGUGCCACACCUGCGAUGGGCAUGGCUGUAACUUCAAGCACUACGAGGACGGCGCCAUGAGCGUGGUCAUCUCGCUGAAGACCCUGCUGAUGGCGCUGCUGGCCGCUAUGGCGUACGGUAGCUUCAGACAGUGAGGGGAAGUCGUGUUGGUGUUCGAAGCUUAGAUAUUAGAGCGAAUAAUUGAUGGCAUUGCUGUAAUCGGCCUUGGCACGUGUCGAAUAUAAUCGUGUCCCUUUGACACCAGUUUGAAAUGCGUAUGAAAAUUGAACAAAAA